AGAUAAAGUUAGUCGAUAGAAUAUUAAAUAACACAUACAUAGGCCUAAAAGUAGUAGCCUGAAAUAGCUACUCAGGAGUACUAAGUUCUAUCUAACUUCGGUAAUCCCUUAGUUUAGCGUCGGAAAUUAUCGGGUAAUGUAUGUUGAGUUUCGGUAAUUAGAGUUACGGUAAACCAUGGUUUAUUUGACCAUUGAAAUAUAAAUAAAUUGAAAGUCGAUUGUAGUAAAUUAAUGUUUUAAUUUUUUAAGUUUAAUCGACAAAAGGAAACAAGAAUAAAUAUAAUAGUAGAUUUAAAUUAGUAGAUCUAAAAAUAAAAACAUAUAUAAAUAUAAAUAAUGUAUCAGAUGUAAUAAUAUAAUUUAAUGUUUUUGGCUUGCAGCGGAUUUGCGACCAUUAAUUAAUUAAAUCUAGAUCUAGCUAGAUAUCUAGCUGCUAGGCGAAGUUAAAAAAUCUAGAUUACGAAAAUAGUAAAAAUGAUUACAAAAUGUAAAAAUGAUUACAAAAAUAAAUCUAUCCAAAUUUUAAACAUUCUGUUUAAAAAUAAAAGAAGACGCCAAAUAAAGUAUGGUUUACGGUACUUCCGGUGAAUUCCGGAAGUGUGUGACAGACUUUGUUAUUGUUUUACUGUUUUUUACUGCUAUACGAUUCCGGAAUAAUAACCGACGCUAAACUAAGGGAUUACCCUAACUUCCAAGACUAAGCAGUGAUAAAGAAAGAUAAUAACUAAUAACUGUGAUAGUUUUUUACUUUUGUGUGAUGGAUUUGUUCUCUAGAGGAGAGUGACUAUAGUCGUUCUUGUCACAACCAUAAACACUUCUCCAGUUGCCUAAUAUUCUCCAAAUAUUGCUGAAGAUACCGAUCUCUUAGGCUUGGAAAAUUUGAGAAAGACAGAGUGAGAAGUGUGCACAAGGGCUUUUUUAUAGAUCUAUUAUUAGGAUAUAUAACAUUGCUUUAUCAGUGAUCAGACAAUGAAAAUAUGGCAAUUAACAAAUCUAUGUCAACAUUCAGAUCAGACCAACAGUUUUCUUAAAACUGCUGAGCUAUUGAAACCAUAAUGGAUGAUGAAAUUGAAAGAAAACCAGAUGUCUUAAAUAUUGAACCUUGUUUACCAGAAUCAGUUGCAAGUUCAUUUGAAAAUCAAAUCAAGUCAGAGAUUGAUAUGGAUUCAAUAGAUCACAAAUGUUUUAUGGAUCUUCAGCAUUACGAUACUACAUUAGCACCACCAAGUUAUUUAAAUGAGGAUAAAGCUUUCCAAACAACAGAUGGGGACACUGAUAAUAGUAGUUUCCAUCCAUAUUUUACCAUCAAGAUUGAUAGUUCAAAAAAGAAUAAAUGUGAGAAAAAAAUAGGUGGUAUCUGUGAUUUGUGUAACAGAGUAUUUGUUAACUUUUAUAAUGUGAAAAGUCAUUUGUGUCUUCAUUUAGGAGAGAAGCCAUUUCCUUGCAGUGUUUGUAGUAAAUCAUUUUCCAAAAACAGUGACCUGAAAAGGCAUCUUAAUGUGCAUGCAAAGAUAAAGCCGUAUGCUUGCAAAAUUUGUAAAAAGACAUUUUCUCAACAGUCUAAUUUAGCAAAGCAUAACUUGAUACAUUUAAAACAAAAGCCAUUUGCUUGCCUAAUGUGUAGUAAAUCAUUUUCUGAUAACAAUGCAUUGCAGCUUCAUUAUCUUGAACAUACAGAAAAAAAAAUUCAUUCGUGCAUAUUUUGCAGCAAAUCAUUUUCUAAAAAAAGUGACUUAUUUAGACAUCAUCUUGUCCAUACAAAGGAGAAACCAUUCCCUUGUCAUAUUUGUAAAAAAUCAUUUUCCCAAAAGUUUAAUUUAUUAAAGCAUCAAUUAAUCCAUAAGAAAAAGCCAUUUGCUUGCUCAAUUUGUAGUAAAUCAUUUUCAACUAAUGACACAUUACAAAAGCAUAGCAUUGUACAUACAGAAAAGAAUCUACAUACAUGCAUGAUUUGUUGUAAAACAUUUUCUAAAAAGUGUGACUUAUACAGACAUAAUACUGUUCAUACGAAGGAAAAAUCUUUUGUUUGCUAUAUUUGUAGUAAAUUAUUUUCUUAUAAAUCCAGCUUAUUAAAGCAUGAAUCAAUGCACAUAAAAAAGAAGCCAUUUACUUGCACAAAUUGUAGUAAAUCAUUUUAUGAUAAUGAUACAUUACAAAAGCAUUGUCUUGAACAUUCAAAAAUGAAGGUUCAUAUUUGUGAAAUUUGUAGUAAAUUUUUUUCUAAAAAAUGCGACUUAAUUAGACAUCACCGUGUGCAUACAAGGGAAAAACCAUUUCUUUGUAAUAUUUGUAACAAAUGGUAUUCUUAUAAAUGUAGUUUAUCAAAGCAUCAAUCACUCCACACAAAAUUAAAGCCAGUUCAUAGUUCAAAAGUGCUUAGCAAUAUGCAUGCUGAAAAGAAAUUUUCUUGUGUUGUCUGUUACAAAUCAUUUUCUAGAAAACAUGACCUUAAAAGACAUAAUCGUGUGCAUACAAAAGGGAAGACUUGUGUUUACUAGGUCAAAGUUAAAUAAUUGUCUUUACAUUUUAAACAACACCUGUAAUCACUUUUGUUUUUGUGCAUUAAGUACAUUCUGCAACUCACAUUUAAACAAUAUUUUUUUAAAAUCAAGAAGUAACACCCAUUGGGGGCAGUGUGGUAGAGUAUUAGACUGCUAACUCAAAGGUCUCAAGUUCAGAUCUUGAUCUGGACUUGUGACUGUAGAACGUCCCUGAGUCCACCUAGCUCUGAUGGGUACUUGCCUCACAAUAGCAAAAGUAAAAGCUGCUGGGCAUAGUGUUGUCCACAUAUAUGUUGAGGUCAAGAAACAUGUGAACUCUACUUCAUCUGCCCUAUGGAUUAUUAGGUCUGAAAGGGGAACUUAACUGUUUUUACUUUUAGGUAUCACCAGUUGAGCAAAAUUGUUUAUUCUUUACUUAACUUUUGUUACAUAAGAUGUUCAACCUUUGUUUUUACUCCAUUUUUAAAUUUUAUUUUUAAAUGGUUGAGAAAAAAGUUGAGAUUAAUGGCUUUAUUGUUUUUACAAAAUUUAAAUCUAUGUUUAUAAGUCCAGAGGACUCGCUCAUAAAUGAUAAAUAUUUACAAUACCUAAUUUAUUUUAAAGUACAUUUGAACAAUAGUCCCAUACAUGCUUGAUUGGUAAGUUGCGUUUUGCUGUAUAUUGUGAACAUUUUUUUUAUUAACCUGUAUACACUUUUCAAUAGGGCCCAAACGAGUUAGAAUUUUUUUUAGGUUUUCCCUCAUUGUGUAAGUAAUAGAAAUUUAAAUUCUGUAGAAAAAAAACUCUGUGACCUUUGGUCUCCUUAUGAUUACAAAUGUUUUUCUUUUAAGGAAAAAACACCAGUUAACUAAUAAGACUGGAUAGAUUAGAAAACCUACAAUAAAUUUAGAAUGGUAAGGUUCAUUUUCCUUAAAUAAAGUCUAGUGAUGGGAUCAAAUGCCAAUAUAUUCUUAUUUAUUUAGUUACUACACUCUGUUAUGUAUACUCAAGUAAACUCAUAGAUUUGAAAAAUUAUUUUUAAAGUUGUUCAGCACACAUUCAAUAAAAUUAAUUUAUAUUUUACACACUUGACUAUGUGUUAAUAUCUUUCUGUUGUUCAUGUAAUAUUUAUUUAGGCUUAGAUUAUAAAUUAAUAGAAUCGUGCAAGGUAAAAUGCAAGAUAUUUUAAACAGCAUAUAGUAACUAAUACAAUCAAAACUGUUUCAAUUUAUUUAUUGAA